AUGGCGCCAAGAAGAAGAGCCGGACCAGAAGAAGAGGAGGACGAGGAGGACGCCUUCGGAAGUGCGGGUUCGCACAUUUCCGAGAGCGAGCCCAGUGAGGACGAGAAGGAGAAAGCAGAAAAGCCCACUAAGGAGACCGAGGAAACAGCGGCGCCCGCUGAGAAGGCCUCGGAGGGCUUCGAAGAGGCAGAGGCCAAGGAGACCCCGGCCCAGCCGGCCGAGGUCUCGAAGGCCACGGAGGAGGAAGAAGGCCAGGCCCCUGAGGCCCAGGAGGCCCCUGAGCAGGAGGCCCAAGAGGCCCAGGAGGCGCGGGAGGCCCGGGAGGCGAAGGAGGCCCGGAAGAAGGCGCGGAAGGCCAAGAAGAAGGCCAAGGAGGCUGAGGAGGGCGAAGAGGAGGAGGCCUACGAGGAUGGUGAAGAUCCUGAUGAUGAAGACGGCGCGGCGGGAGAGCGCAAAGCUGGGAAGGAGUACGAGCAGUCCUGGUACAAGGCAAACAUCCGUAAGCAUCAUCACCUCGACAUGCUUUCCCAACCAUGGACGGCCUCUGUGGUGCCGGCUACACCGGUGGCUGCGACGAUAGAGAGGUGCGCUCGACGAGGCCACAGUCGGAUCCUGGGGGCCACUGCUGCUCCCGUGCUUUCUUCAGUUUCCUCCUUGCUCUUCUGGCGCGGAGCGUCUCGGAGCCGGGCUGCGUCAGCUGCGUCAGGGCGCGCAGACCUCGGGCGGAGGCCUCCCAAGCGAUGGCUGCACUCGGGCGAUCCAAAGGUGGGCACGAAGUUGCGAGGGACUGUCAAAGACAUUUUUGAGUCCUAUGCGCUGCUGGACGUUGGGCUGGACACCGAUGCGACGCUACAUGCGAGCAGGAUCCUCCCCGAAGGAGGGGCCAUCGAAGAGGAGCUCCAUAUAGGACAGGAGGUCGAAGUCUGGAUAUGUGGCAUACGGCCGCUCUCCUACAAAGUCAAAGAAGGCGUAUCAUGGAAGAUCGAGGCGCGGCUCGAGGUGACCAUGCUCGAUCCGACCACGCAGCUCAGCUCGGAUGUGUCCGAGUUCCGCCAACUCCCGCCCAAGGCCUUGCUUUCGGCCACGGUCACGCGCAUCGAGCCCUACGGGAUCAUCGUGAAAGUGAGAUCCCCCACAGGUGGCGUGCCUGUGCAAGGCUUCGUGCACGUCUCCGAGAUCCGCGAGGGUUACGUGGAGCAUCCCCAGGAUGAGGUUGAGGUCGGCCAGGAGGUCGCGGUGAGCAUCGUGCGCAUCGACGGGAAGUUCGGUCGGCUGCGGCUCACCAUGAAGCUGCCGGAAGUUCCACGCGACAACCGGUACUUUCUGCACGACGACCGCCAGGCCGAUGAUGAGGGCGACGAGAAGGAGGACGAUGAGGCCAAGAAAGAGGACAAAAAGGAGAAGCGCGAGGAGCGUCGAGGGGACAAGCCGUCGCCGGACGACGAGGGCAAGUGGGUUCACGACAAGUACUUUGAGCUCUUAGAGGAGAAGCCCAGGGCAAAAGCACCGCUGGGGUGGUCGCGCGGGCAGAAGGAGGAUGACGACCACGGCGAUUGGUACAACUCCGGUUCGCGCCAGGGGCGAGCACGAACUCUGAAGUCCUGGAUACCGAAGAUGCCCGAGUCGAAGGACAAGUGGGAGGAGGAGUGGGAAGAUGACAGCAAGUGGAAGGAGAAGAAGUGGAGCAACGACAAGCAUGACAAGUACGACAAGUACGACAAGUACGACAAGCCCGACAAGCGCAGCAAGCGCGACAAGUACGAUGAAUAUGACGAGUACGACGAGUAUGACGAGUCGGAAUCAUGGGAGCGAGACAGAAAAGGCGGAUCACGCUCCAAGGAUGGUUGGUCAGGUUGGUCCUCUGGUGGCGGCGGCAAAAGCAGCGGCAAGGGCCGACGGAAGGCCUACGACGAUGAUGAGUGGGAAGAGGAGGAGGACUGGCGCGAUGACCGUUGGAACACCAGCUCCAGCAAGAAUGGGUACAACGACAGAAGCAAAGGGGGCCGCUCGCGACGCGAUGACGGAGACGAUUGGGAGAAGAAGCGCGGCUACGAUGACUACGACUAUGAAGAGGACAAGGGCAGGAAAUGGGACCAUGACGACCGCGGCGGCCGGGACGACGGCGGCCGGCGGAGUCGUGGCUCCUGGUCCACCUCCUGGGGCAACGAUCGCGAAGAAGAGAGCCGACCCAGCCGAAGGGGGGUCACCCGUUACUCCCAGAUGACCUUCUGA